AUGGACAACAUAAAUACUAAAGACGAAAUUAUCGUACUCGGAGAUCUUAAUGCACGGAUCGGGAACGAUGUAAUACCAGGCGUAAAGCAAAAGUAUAAUGAAGCCAUAAUUAAUGAAAACGGCGAAGCACUAAUAGACUUCUGCGUUAGAAAUGAAGUGAGAAUCAACAACACGUACUUUCCACAUAAAGACCAACACAAAUACACUUUCAAUAACAAUCGAGGCCAGCGAUCGAUGAUAGACUUCAUACUCACAAAUCGAGUAAUAACACAGGCACAAGUAGUCGACGUCAGAGCACUAACAUCCGCUAACCUGGGGACUGAUCACAACCUUGUUCUUGGCAAGAUACUACUAAAAUGUCCACAACAAAAAAGAAAACACCCACAGUUCAUCGAAAAGUACAAUCUGGAGUCUCUAACAACGGAGAGCACAAAACUCCUCUACAAGAGCAGGGUUACUAAUAAAUUAAAAGAGAUAGAUUUGAAACCAGAAUGGGGAGUAGAAGAGAACUGGCAAAGUACUGCGAAAUGCAUCAAAGAAGCAGCGGAAGAAGCGAUUGGAAAGCGUAAAAUUAAUGUAAACGCGACAAACCACACCAAACCAUGGUUUUGUCAAGAGGUAAAAGAGCUCUCUGAAUCAAAAAGGAAAUGUUACUUAACAUACAAAAGCGCACCGUUGGAAUAA